CGAGAAGCAGAAACACGACGGGCGGGUGAAGAUCGGUCACUACAUCCUGGGCGACACGCUCGGGGUCGGCACCUUUGGCAAAGUGAAGGGGUUGGAAGAGGAGAACCCUUCCUUCUCUUGCCCUUUGUGAGUCAUAGAACUGGAAAAUUGCUGUAUAGCCCACAGGGAAGCAACUGCCUAAACCUUCUUGUGAAAAUCAGCAAGGCCAACAAUUUGGUAAACAUGAAUUGACUGGGCAUAAAGUUGCUGUGAAGAUACUCAACCGACAGAAGAUUCGAAGCCUUGAUGUUGUAGGAAAAAUCCGCAGAGAAAUUCAGAACCUCAAGCUCUUCAGGCAUCCUCAUAUAAUUAAACUGUACCAGGUCAUCAGUACACCAUCUGAUAUUUUCAUGGUGAUGGAAUAUGUCUCAGGAGGAGAGCUAUUUGAUUAUAUCUGUAAAAAUGGAAGGCUGGAUGAAAAAGAAAGUCGACGUCUGUUCCAACAAAUUCUUUCUGGUGUAGAUUAUUGUCACAGGCAUAUGGUGGUCCAUAGAGAUUUGAAACCUGAAAAUGUCCUGCUUGAUGCACACAUGAAUGCAAAGAUAGCUGAUUUUGGUCUUUCAAACAUGAUGUCAGAUGGCGAAUUUUUAAGAACAAGUUGUGGCUCACCCAACUAUGCUGCACCAGAAGUAAUUUCAGGAAGAUUAUAUGCAGGCCCAGAGGUAGAUAUAUGGAGCAGUGGGGUUAUUCUCUAUGCUUUAUUAUGUGGAACCCUUCCAUUUGAUGAUGAUCAUGUGCCAACUCUUUUUAAGAAGAUAUGUGAUGGAAUCUUUUAUACCCCUCAGUAUUUAAAUCCUUCUGUGAUUAGCCUUCUGAAACACAUGCUGCAGGUGGAUCCCAUGAAGAGGGCCACAAUCAAAGAUAUCAGGGAACAUGAAUGGUUUAAACAGGACCUUCCAAAAUAUCUCUUUCCUGAGGAUCCAUCAUAUAGUUCAACCAUGAUUGAUGAUGAAGCCUUAAAAGAAGUAUGUGAAAAAUUUGAGUGCUCAGAAGAGGAGGUUCUCAGCUGCCUUUAUAAUAGAAAUCACCAGGACCCUUUGGCAGUUGCCUACCAUCUCAUAAUAGAUAACAGGAGAAUAAUGAAUGAAGCCAAAGAUUUCUACUUGGCGACAAGCCCACCUGAUUCUUUUCUUGAUGAUCACCAUCUGACUCGGCCCCAUCCUGAAAGAGUGCCAUUCUUGGUUGCUGAAACACCAAGGGCACGUCAUACUCUCGAUGAAUUAAAUCCACAGAAAUCCAAACAUCAAGGUGUAAGGAAAGCAAAAUGGCAUUUAGGAAUUAGAAGUCAGAGUCGACCAAAUGAUAUCAUGGCAGAAGUAUGCAGAGCAAUUAAACAAUUGGAUUAUGAAUGGAAGGUUGUAAACCCAUAUUAUUUGCGUGUACGAAGGAAGAAUCCUGUGACAAGCACAUACUCCAAAAUGAGUCUACAAUUAUAUCAAGUGGAUAGUAGAACUUACUUAUUGGAUUUUCGUAGUAUUGAUGAUGAAAUUACAGAAGCCAAAUCAGGGACUGCUACUCCACAGAGAUCCGGAUCAGUUAGCAACUAUCGAUCUUGCCAAAGGAAUGAUUCAGAUGCUGAGGCUCAAGGAAAAUCCUCAGAAGUUUCUCUUACCUCAUCUGUGACCUCACUUGACUCUUCUCCUGUUGACUUAACCCCAAGACCUGGAAGUCACACAAUAGAAUUUUUUGAGAUGUGUGCAAAUCUAAUUAAAAUUCUUGCACAGUAAACCUAAAACUUUGCUUAUUUCUUUGAUAGCAAUAAGCAUGCAUAAUAAGUCAUAGCCAAAUGCUUCCAUUUAUAAUCAAGUUAUACAUAAUUAUAACUGAGGAUUGGCCUUUGGAAUGCAGUUUGCACAGGGAUUGGAACAUGAUUUAUAGUUAAAAGCCUAAUGUGUGGAAAUGAAUUAAGAUCAUUUUGUUGUUCAUCGUUCAGUAGACAUAUAGCAUAAUAUACACAAUGGAUUGUAGGUCUCUCAGGCUCACUUGAAUUUUGGCUAUUUUAUACUUAGUGUACACAGGGCUUUGAGACUAUUAAUUUACCAUAAAGGCCUUUAUAUAUUAUUACAUGUUGAUGUGUUAUAUAUUUGCUUCAUAAAUUCAUUCAGUAAAUAUUUGCCUACAAUUCCCAGAGACCUUUUAUAGGUGAUUUUGUUUCCUGGGCUCCUUAACUUAUAACUAGUAUCUUCUAACAGUAACAACAGUCUGGAUAACUUUUUCCAUAUCUCCCUCUUAAAAUUCUAUAGUGUGUGGUUGUAUCAGAUGUUAGGCCCAAUUUGAAUUUUUUUCUUUAGUUUCAUAAAGUCCCAAAACACACAGAAUAUAUAUGUUCAGAUACUCUAGUGAAAAGUUAAUCUUACAGUUUGUCCCACUAUAUUCUGUACAUAAAGUGUUUUUUUUUGUUAUUAAAUCUGAGUUGCAUAUACUGUAAAUAAAUCAUGUUGUUUUUGCCAAUUUCACAAAUCCUCUGGCUUAUCAUAUUAGUCAGUAUUGAGUGUAUGCAAAAAUGUGUAGUCAUUUGAUUAUGUAUUUUUAAAGUUGAUCCAGUACAUAGAAAGAAUAUUUCUUACAAACUUUAAAUGCUUGAAUAUGACUUUUCCCCCCAAAUUUUAUUAUGAACAUUUUUGAGGAAAAUUAAUAUAGGGUGAUCACAUGUUUAUCAACCAUUUAGAUUCAACAAUUGUGUUUUGCCAUAUUUGUUUUCUCUAUACCUAUAUAUGUAUAAAGAUACAGAUAUGCGUGUGUGUGUGUAUGUGUGUGUGUGUGUACAUAUAUGUUUUUUGUCCUAAACUAUUUGGAUGUUACAGAUAUACUUACUGCCCUUAAAUACUUUAAGUAUUUCCUCAGAAUAAUGACAUUCUCCUAAAAAAUCAUAAUACCAAUAUAAAAUUAAUAAUUCCCUAAUAUCAUCUAAUACUCAAUCCAUAUUUAAAUUUCCCCAGUUGUCCUCCAAAUUACUUCGAUAGCUGGUUAUUUCAUAGUUCAUAUUCAAGUUUACAUAUUGCAUUUGGUUAUAUCUCUUUAGUCAAAUACAACAUUAUUUUGAUAAAAUGUGGAACAAAUCAGUUCUUCUAAAUGGUCACGUUUGUUUUGCCUUUUAAUUAUUUUAAAAAAUAAGCAUUAUGGGAACUGUCUAAAGAUAUUUAAUCUUCCUAAGAUCUCUGAUUUACAUUUAUAUUUUCUUUUUCUCACUCUUAAUAAUAGCAUCACAUAAUACAUGUAAAUGAAGAUUUAAAGUCACCUCAUAUAAAAUUGGUAUCAUGUGUAUGCUAAGAAAAAAUAUUGUACCACUCAUAUUGCCUUAUAUUAGCUUCACAAUAUUGAUUUAUUUUGGUAUUAAGCAUUUUUCCCAUUGCAACAUAGCUAUCUUUUUUCUAUUUUAAGAAUUGUUGUAUUUUAGGAUCAUUUUGGGCAAAUGCAGUGAGCAUCUAUGUAACCAGAUGAGAAUGUACUCAAAUGUCAUGAUAGCUUGCAUAAAUGAUUACUCUAGUUGCAGAUUUAACUCCAGCACCUCAAAAAUCAUGCACUGAAUUCAACAGAAAAAUCUUGUUUCUUUUUGUCCAGAGUUUGUUCUAUUCAACUUUGAAUUUGAAAGCUGUACAAAGUAAUAGAAGUUUCAUUUAAAUAUGUGCUCAAAACCUGUAUUUAUAAAUUUUAUAUGGCCCUCUGGUUUGAGGAUAUUGAUUUCACUUAAGUUCUCUAAAUGCAGCAUUAUGUUCCUGAUAUUAAGAACAGAAGACUGUAUUUUUAAAGUUACAGAUUUGUAUAUAGAACUAAAUAAUGUCUCUAUAAGCUCUUGGGAGAGGGGAAGAAAAGGAGGAACCAGUUAAAUAGGACCUUCUAAAAAUUGUUAAUUUUGUAAACUUUGCUUCAUUUAUAAGUUAUUGUGAUUCCUUUAGUGAGAUUUAUUUUGAAGAUAUUUAAAUAUUGCACUUGUACAAAUAGUAUGAUAAAUGCACAGAUUAUUGCAGUAAAUUCUUUUUUAAGCUUGGAUAUUUGAAAUAACUUUUGGUUAAGUGUGUCAAGGUUGCAACAGGACUUUCACAAAUUUAUUGUAGUUUGCAAAUUCUUACCAAUAUUGAAGAGGUAAGGGGAGUGAAUGCAAAUAAUUUUUAAUCUUUUUUUAGUAUCUUUUCAGCAAUUUAUAUUUUUUGUGAUUUUAUGCAACCAUAUUUUUACUUUGUCUUGACAACUGAAAGAUGUAUAAGGUUUUGCCAGAAAUGUACUGUAUACAUAGUUUUAAAUAUAACAGAUUUUACUGAUAUGUAAAAAUUUUGCCAUUAAAAUAAUUGAUUUCUCAUUGAGAGGAACUUUUCUACCAGGUUGGGGCAUAUGGGAGCUUAAUAUAUCAGAUCUAAUUUAAAGUAAUUUCACCAAAAUAAACUCCAUUGCUCUUUAUUUUUUUUUCUUAAUAUGCUUUUAUAGUUUUUCAGAAUUUUAGAUGAUUUUAUACAAAAUCCUUCCCUCCUUGCCCCUCAGUACCCUUUUUGCUCUUGUAGUGAUGCUGUCAAACACUGAAUUAAUAUUUGGUGUAGUCUGUGGCUAGAUGUAGAACUCCAUUCAUCUAUGUUCCAACAGGCAUCUUUGUAAUGAAAGAAAAAUGUGUGUUGUCCAAAUCUUUUGUUUCUCAAUUCCUUCCCCCAUUUCUCCAUCCACAAUAGAAAUCUUAUUUUCAUCGUGAGUACUGACAAGAUGAAUGAAUUCCACAUACAACAUAAUUGUAAAGUGGUAGAAGGUAGAUACCAAUCUUUGUGGUUCAUGUAUAUUUUGGCCAGAGUAUAUUUAAAUAUACAGUUUCAAGUACUUUGACUUAGAAAGAUGGUAUAAUAAAGAAAAAUUUCAUACUUCA